UCCUGAGUCAUGCUCCUGUCUUAUCUGCUCUGACAGGUGCAGCCAGAAGGUCGCAGACAAUGGAAUGUACUGCUAUUCGCUGACUUUAUCACCUGUUGGAAUGGCGGCUUGGUAGAGUGGACGUACAUUCGUUGAACUAUAGGGAACAUGAUUAGAGACUCAUCCCUCUCCACCUUACUCCCCACCCCUACUACGAGGGAAAGUGGCAUGUGUGUGGCUGUGGGCACUUCGCUCACAACAUCGGCUGUUUGGCGGCUGACAAGACGACUGGCUAACAGCGCCACUACAUAGAGAUGAAUUCAGUUCACUCAAAGAACGAAGUCCAACUGUGACAACUUUUUCGCCGUCAUCUUAAGCAUCUCAAUGAAAGGUUUUGUCUGGAGAUGGAUGGUGGCACUGUGUGUGUUCACCGAAAUCGUCGCCGCCGGCCAACACAAUGUUCCAUGGACAAACGAGAGGAACAUCGCUAAAGAAGCAACCUGCGCAAACAGCAAUGUUCGGUAUGUGAACGGCAUCGGCCGAGAAUGCAGAUUCCUUGUAAAUGGAGAUAAAGAAAGCAGUGAUUAUGACAACAGAAGAAACUGCUUCCAAACUAAUCAUCAGAACGAUUUUCCUCAUUUUUUGACUUUUACUCUGCAACAGAAAUAUCCCAUUCACAGACUGGUCUUCUACGCAAAUGAGAAUAGGUUAGACAGAAUGGAUUGUUUACAAGUCUACUUCGAUGACGAAGUCAUCUCUACAUUCCCCAAGAACACUAAGGAACGCAUCCUCUACCUGAAUAGAUCAGAAAGCGAGAGUCGAAACGUACAAAUUCUUCACUUCAACAGAACAUGCAAGACCGGCGGAGACGAGAUGCCGGUCAUAAACUUCUGCGAGUUGGAGAUUUACACGUGCGUUCUAAAGAAGUGGGGUCCACGUUGUGAUCAACCGUGUCAUCCCAGGUGUAUAACGUGCUCAGACGAUAGUGAAAAAUGCCUAGAUUGCACAAAUGAUUAUUGGGGUCCGAACUGUUCGCAUCUGUGUAGUAGGACAUGUAAUGGAACGGACCAGGAAGGCUACUGUGAACAUAUCACUGGUAAAUGUGAGAAAGGUUGCCGUCGGGGGUACUGGGGACACAACUGCACUAACGCCUGUGGACAAGGAUGUGGAAACACGUGCAACCCCAGCGAUGGGACGUGUGAUUGUCGUCACGGCUGGAAACCUCCAAGGUGUGAAGUGCCAUUAUGCACUUGUGGAGAAGCAGAAUGUGGCGGAGACAACAAAUACGUGUUCUCCGAGCUUCCCCGUAAAAUAAACGUCGCAGUCGGUAAAAACUCUACUGCAAGUACAACUCUAGAGGAUCCUAAACCUGUUUCUGGUCCGGCUUGUCUUGCUAAUAAUGGCAAGACACAGUCAACCAUGUUACCCAUAUCUGCAAGUGCUCCCGAAUGCAUGUCCACUGCUGAAGGUGAUCUUAAACCUUUCUGGCAAGUCGACCUGGGGGAGCAGUAUGUAAUUGCUGGAAUCUUAAUUGAUUGGGACAACCAGAUGAAAGCUAUAUAUGGAAUCAGAGUGAUUCUGGAUGGUAGACAGCUUUACUAUACCGAGCACCCAAUGAAUGACCCAUUUGAUUUGGCUACAAAUGAUCUCGGUCAAGUUGUGAGGCUGCAGCGAGCAAUGUUUAGGGACAACAAACAGUGGGACGAUCCGCUAUUAAGGAUUUGCGAAGUUGAAGUUUACACCUGUCGGCCAGGAUAUUACGGCCCUGACUGUCUAGGAAUCUGCGACAGGCCAGUCUGUGAUAAUUUACAGAUUGCAGUCGCAUUGACGGGUCAAUGCCCAAAGGACCGCAGUGACCACGCAGGACAGAAUUUGGUUCAGCAGCAGCAGCAUGAGGUUGACCACCACACACAGGCUUCGUACUCACCAUCCACUGUACGACUCCUUGCUGACUUCCAAAACACAAAUCCAGACAUUCGACACAAGAGUUUAGGGAAACACUCAUAA